UUGGUAAUAUUUAACGGGACAGUUGGGGUGACAUGGCUGAGCACCACGCAUGAGGCAGAAUUAGAAAACAUCGAUGACGUUGUUUGCUUCUCAUACACAGAAACUCCAGAUCAAGGAUCGUUCUGCUUUGAAUAAUGGACUGACUGGACUGACUGAUCAGUCAUGGACACCUUCCCUCUGUUAGUGCUUCUGCUGUCAUGGAGGACUGAAGUUGAAGCUCAAAUAAAACUAUUCCCAGAAAACCUGACGGUCCUGAGAGGGGAAAAGGCCAGAUUUACCUGCACUCCUUCUAACAGCCAGUGGACUGCUAUGAUCUGGCUGCUGAAUGGUGAGGUAGCGCUCACUAUCUCUAAUAAACAUGGUGUCCUGCAAUCCCCCAACACGAGUCUGAUGGCUGAAAAAAAGAAAGACGGAUGGAUGCUUGUCCUGAAUAACACAGAGAGACACGACCAGGGAGAGGUGACCUGUGAUCUCCAGGGCGUUGAUAGGAAAACAGCGAGGCUGUUUGUACAAGAAAAGGGCAGUGUGAAAAUCCUUGGGAAUAACAGGUUGGCUUUUCAGCGAGAUUCAGUCCUGUUUAAAUGUGAAGCAGCAGGAUGGCACCCUGAGCCUGUUCUGAAAUGGGAGGUGAAUAAUAAAGAGGUGAGUCCAAGUGAAUACAACAUCAGCAGUGAAGAGUCGAAGGAGAGCCUCUUCACCUUGACCAGCAACCUCAGUGUGCUGGCAGCAAAAAGUUCUCACGUGGACUGUCUGGCCUCUGUUUCUGCCCUCCCCCAACCACUGAAGAGCACAAUCAGUCUAAAAGUGGGUGUUACGACUUCAGACUGGAUUCAGUUUCAGCAAAAGGUUCCUCACAGGGAACAUCAGGCACUGGGACAAUUUCCGAAAGAGAUUCUUCAGCUGGUGGAACAUUGGUCAUUGACAGACUGUCAGAAGGACAUUCUUCAUUUGAUUACUGAAGGAGGUUCUUUGACUUGUGUAACAUUAGGCACUGAUAGAUUUUCAAAUGGAGAUCCUUCACUGGGAAGACUAUCGGACAUUCUCAGACUUUCAAAUGGAAGUUCUUCAUUUGGAAAAACAUCCAGAAGACUUGAAUGGGGGUCGAAGAUUUUGGAUAUGUGGAUCUUGGCUACAUCGGCAAUCAUCUUCAGCAACACCGGUGCAAAGUUUGCUAUGUUUUUAAAUAGAAUUUCUGUCUGAUCUCCGUCAGGAUACUCUGGACCAUAUCGUCUCGGAUGGGUGAAGAUGGCCUGGCCUUCCAUCACUGUGAGAUUUUUGGAGACAUGAUCCAAAGUGGCCUUUGUGGCACUUGUGGAGAGUAUGCUUAAACUCUGGGAGGCCAUGUUUAAGAGGGGACGAGGAGAAAGCUCCCAGAAAGAUGCGGGGACCGACCUCUAUCACCACCUCCUGUGCGGUGGGAAGUCUGGUGCUUUGUGGUUCCUGCUGCCUGUCUUUCAGGAUUUGAAUGUAAUCCUUCACCGCGCUGAGGAGUUUAGGUGUCCUUUAGAAUAACAUUGUAAAAAUGAUUUUUUAAACAUAUUUGAAGCAUCACAUAAAUAUUGAAACACUGUAGCUGGACUGUUAAUAACUGUAUGUCAGAUGUGACUCACUGAAAUUUAGGAGGUAUGGCCUCUGGAAUUUUAAGGAACAUUCUGACUUGAAACUCAGUGUCCCUCAUUUUGAUAAAGACAUUCACUGCCCAUACCCGAAACAGAAAACACAUUUACAGUGCAGUUUUGUUUAGAGGUUAUGUGAACAUAAUGAAAAAAGAAAUCUCCAAAUUACUUCAAGUCUUGUGAGUUUUCUAGUCUUACCAGAUUCAGAAGAGGUUUGGUUUCCUCUUCUUCAAAAUCUUCUCAUUCAAACUCCCAAAGUCUUCAAAAGAAAAACAAACAAACAGAGGUUUUCUCUCAGUAUUUACACUUUAUCACAAACAGACUUCAGGUGUCACAGUAACUCACUGCUCUUUGAGUGUCUCCUUGCUUUUCUCCACCAAAAGAUCUCUCAGAUCUUCGGCAGUGAUGUUUGGUGGAAUUAGAUUUUCCUGCUGAAGUCUGAGAAACUCCAUCAUCAUUGCAAUCCUAAAAUAAAAGGAGACAUUUAAUCACCACCACUCUCAGGUCCUCAGAAAUUACCUGAUAUUUUCUGUCAGUUUUGGUUUGCAUGGAUCUGGGUCUUACCUGAGCCCUGUAGCCAGGAAGAUGGCAGUAGAUCUUUACAGCUGUGUCAUAAAUGGGUGUGUUGAACAACACCUGUCAAAGAAAUAGCAAAUUACUCAUUGUUACUUAAAAUGAUUCUCAAUUUGUCAACUUUUAAAAAUACAUCAAAUUCUUUAAAUGGUUGAAAUGCAGUAUAAACAAAAACUGUCACAUACCCUGAUGGGUUUGUAGAUUCCUCGACUUGCUUCCAUUUAGAUGUUAUAGUCGUAUUGCAGUCGGGAACAAAAACUGUCAAAUACUCUCCAACGAUGGCGUAAGUUAAGAUCUUGAUCUGAAAAUGCUCUGAACACACCUCUGGUUUUGCUUGCACAGAUGAGCUGUUCUUAUCUUGUCUUUAAGUCUGACGUCAUUAGCCGUGUCUGAGUCCAAACUCUGCUAAGUCAAAGAUCACUGCAUUACUGAGAGUUGAUAAA